AUGCUCUUAUGCUGUGAUAUACAAACACAUUCCUGUGGCAAAUGUCUGCGGACUAAUAGUGUUGUGUAUGAGGUGGAGUACGAGAUGAAGGAGGUGAUCCCUGUGGCCAUAGUGACAGCUCGCCGGCUGCCCCACGUCCUGCGUCAGGUGGGGCAGGUGUGGGCCAGCCCCGGCGGCACCAACACACCCAUCACCAUCUUUGUCGACGGCCACAACCCCGAGGCCCAGGCGCUGGCUGCCCUCCUCCACCUCCCUCUAGUCCAACACUACGCUGCCGUCCCCAGAGGUUCGACAAAUCGAAUCAGUUAUCAUGUAAGAUUUGUCUUAACGAAGGUGUUUGAGCUCUACCCUGAGGUCGACAAGGCUAUCAUCCUCGAGGACGACCUCGAUCUCUCUCCGGAUUUCAUUCCGUACUUCCACCAAACAGCUCAACUGCUCACAUUAGACCCAAAAUUACUGUGUGUCAGCGCCUAUUACAGCAACGCCUUCAACCACACGGCCCUCGACCCCACGCGUCUCUACAGGGUCCACGGAGCCCCUGCCUAUGGCUGGAUGGUCAGGAGAAAAGUGGCAAAUGAAAUGAUCAACAACUGGGUUCCUAUGAACAAGAGUGCGGACUGGGACCUGUGGGUGCGAAUAAGUGUGAUGGGUGAUCGGGACAUCCUGGUGCCGGAGAUCCCACGCACCAAGCACCGUGGGGGAGGGGGAGUCCACGUCACCGGUAUAGAACAAGAGCAGUACUACAACCAGCGGCCCCUCAACGCUCUCCUCAACGUCACCCUCGACCUCCAUGGGGCAGAGCUGGACAACUACCUCAAGUUGCACACAAGCAACAUCCGUACAGGACAUGUGGUGCACUUCAGUAAGCACCCGUGUGUGGAGCUGCCCAUACCCCGGCACCAGAUGAACCAGAGUUACGUGGUGUAUGUGAACACGCCAUUGGGGGUGGGAUUCUAUGCGGCCUACGUAGUUGUCGCCAAGUGUCUGGGGCUAGACGAUCAUAACUUCAUCGAUAACCUGAAGAUGAUGUCCACAACUUCCUUCUACGGUAACCAGCUCUACGUCAUCGGCUGUCCCACCUCCCCCUUCUGCAUGACUACGAGGGCAGAACACAUCUACAGCGUGACUCUGAAGGAUAUAGAUUACGCUAUCUCGCAUCCCUUCAGGAAGAUAACCAUGAUCGGGCAUGAGGCUGUAAGGAAACCAACAAUCUCAUUAUCAGAGGAGCUAAUUCUCAAAAGCCGCGCCCAUUACUACUUUGAAUAA